CUCUCUUAAAUGAUACAUAUUCUCACUAUGAGAACCUGGACAAAUGGUGCAGGGCUAAAUGGUAGGGAUGAUGUGCUCCCAAUUUAUAUUGGUGAUGAUAGGACCGAUGAAGAUGCAUUCAAGUUCUUGAAGAAGAAGAAGAAGCGUGGUUAUGGAAUUCUGGUGUCGCCGGGUCCAAAAGAAACCAGUGCCUUCUACUCUCUCAAGGACCCAUCAGAGGUCAUGGAAUUUCUCAAGUCCUUAGUGAGAUGGAAGGAGGAGGAGGAAGAAGCCAAUUAAAUGCUAAGGGAGCACUUAGUUUAUCUGAAAUAUAGUAUAAUAGGCAUUUAGUUUUUUUUAUAAGUUUUGUACUCCACAAGAACUCAAGGCUGCUAAAAGCAGCUGCUUUUAUUUUACAACCUCAGUUGUCAGUUCAGAGCUUCUCAGUCAUUUUGUUAUUUCAUGUCUUUGGCUUAUAAAAAAAUAAGUAUUUUCUCCCCGUUUUCACCUUUCAAAGCUUUCCUUACCAAGAUGGUUCCUUUUAA